UUUUUACAUCACACGAUCUUAUCCUUUUAAAGGGAACCUUAGUAGUCCAAACAGCUCCAUAAUUGCCAGUUUUCGGGGUAGGAAAGGUCGCAACAAGUACCCUAGUUUUUUGAGUAUUGCAUGCGUUGUGUAGGGUCUCGGCAAUGGCCAUCGUGGAGGAGCCCAUUACUUUUAGGCUUGAUCGUUUGGAUAACAUGUUGAGGCAUUUGGAGGAAAUUAGAGGUUGCAACGUCAGAUCAUCCCCAAAGAGCUCUUGUGCAUCAAUCGCAUCAAGCGGGACGCAAACGAGCGACGGCCAUGCAUCAUCCACGGAUCUCUCUCCAAAGAGCCUGGAGAAGAAAAGCCGUCCGAUCGAGCACGUCAUAAUUGAGACUGAAGUCAAAGGAACGCUCAUCGAGAGGAUUGAACUAGUAGAGGACCGUGUGCUGAAGCUGUGUUUGCAGUUGGAAGAGGAGGAAUUAGAGGCAGAGAGAAAAUUAGCGGAGAAAAAUGAGAAGAGGGCCCACAUGAAUAAGGGAUUGAAGCAACUUGCACGUAAACUUUGUAUGAAGGGGAUCAGCGCCAACGCCAAGGAAUCAUAUAUAAUUAAUUAAUUAGUUUAGUCAUGUGCUUUUGGAGAGAGUGAUUUUUCUUUUUCUUUUUCUUUUCCGUAGGCAGAAUUAGAAUUAAACAACUCCCGCCACUUUUAUGCAUGCAUGGAUCCCAAGUUAAGGUUUGUAUCAUCUCAUCAACUACUAAUACCUAAAAUAAUAAUAAUAAUAAUUU